AUGAACCAUCGCCUGGUCAAGUCCGACUACACCGUCAGACUCACGAUCGAGAUGGGUAACGGUCGCCGAAUCAUUCUUCCCGAGCGCGAGGUCCAAGCAGUUUACCCCAAGAUCGUCUAUGAUUACUGGAAGGCUUUGGGUGGCCGUUGUUCCGCUACCGGGUACGAUAUGUGGCACCCUUUCCACAUCCUCGGCCGCCGAGUGAAGAGAGGCGGCAAUCAGCUCGAGUACAGAGUUCAGUGGGUGGGCUAUUCCAAGCGGGAGACGUCGUGGGAGAGUGGUGAAGAUUUGGCCAUCUGGUCGCCUGAACUCAAGGAAGAUUACGACAAGUCGGUUUGGAUGCAAGAGUGA